AUGACGAGCUCAGCGGACAACACACUACUCAUCAAGGAGACCAACCAAGCGCUCAAGGAGGCAUAUAAGGAGGAAGAGGAAUACUGGCGACAGCGUAGCAGAACGCUAUGGCUAGCACUAGGCGACAAAAACACGGGCUUCUUCCAUGCUACUGCACGCAUCCGCAGAGUUUUGAACAAGUUCUCGGUCAUUGAGAAUAGCUCCGGAGAUGCGGUAUUUGAAGAAUCGGAGAUUCUCACUGUCAUCACAGAUUAUUUCUCCAAGCUCUUCACCUCUUCAGCAUCAGUUGGGUCAUCUAUCGUCGAGGAAGCUUUAUCAGCCACAGUCUCAGCCGAGGAUAACGAUACUCUAUCCAGGAUACCAACGCCUAAGGAGAUCAAAGACGCCCUCUUUUCGAUCCACCCCGACAAAGCGCCUGGUCCGGAUGGCUUCUCAGCUGCUUUCUUUCGCACCAACUGGGGAACAGUAGGACCUUCUAUCAUCGCUGAAAUAACGCACUACUUCGAGCACGAAACCAUGCCGCAUAGCAUCAACCACACACACAUCAGACUCAUCCCCAAGAUCACGGCACCGAAAACAGUGGCUGACUAUAGACCUAUUGCACUCUGUAAUAUCUACUAUAAGAUAGUCUCCAAGAUCAUCACCCGCCGGCUACAACCGAUCCUGAACAUGCUGAUAGGGGAGAACCAGUCAGCCUUCGUACGUGAUAGAGCGAUAUCCGAUAAUAUCAUGAUCACACAUGAAACAUUACACUUUCUGAAGCGGUCUGGUGCGGUGAAACAUUGCUGUAUGGCGGUAAAGACGGAUAUGAGCAAAGCAUACGAUCGGCUUGAAUGGAAUUUCAUUGAUGGAGUCCUGAAGCGCUGCGGCAUCCAAGACAAAUUCCGCGGCUGUAUCAUGAGAUGCAUAUCCUCAGUCACAUACUCGAUACUGCUCAAUGGCGAUGCUCAGGGCAUGAUCACACCUACCCGGGGAAUAAGACAAGGUGACCCGCUUUCACCGUACAUUUUCAUCAUGUGCAGCGAAGUGCUUUCCGGGUUAUGCUCUGUUGCUCAGAGACAAGGCCGCCUCGCAGGAGUACGCGUCGCACGUGGAUGCCUGAGGAUCAACCAUCUCCUCUUCGUGGACGAUACAAUGUUUUUCGUAAAGACCUCCCCGGCAAGUGUGGAAGUGCUCAAAGAAAUCCUCAGGAAGUAUGAAUCUGUCUCAGGACAAAUGAUCAACACCAACAAGUCAGCUAUUACUUUUUCGAAGAAAACGCCGCUGGAAAUCAGAGAUAGAGUUAAGGCGAGUCUUGGCAUCUCAAAAGAGGGGGGAGUGGGCAAGUACUUAGGCCUUCCAGAACACUUCGGGCACAUGAAAAAGGAUAUGUUCACCUCCAUUGUAGAUAGAGUGCGACAGAAAGCUGCAAGCUGGCGAGCUAAACACCUAUCCGCUGCAGGAAAAUUGGUGAUGCUCAAAUCGGUCCUCUCGGCUGUCCCCUCCCACCCCAUGACGUGUUUUAAGCUACCGAAGAGCUUAACAAAUCGAAUCCAAUCCGCCCUGACUAGGUAUUGGUGGGAUUCAAACCCGGAUACAAAGAAAAUAUGUUGGGUUUCAUGGGAUAAGCUAGCAACUUCAAAAAGGGACGGAGGUUUAGGCUUCCGGGAAGUGGAAUCCUUUAAUGAUGCGCUGCUGGCGAAACAGAGCUGGCGAAUCCUACAGCGACCUGAGUGCCUCCUUGCAAGAGUGCUGCUCGGAAAGUAUUGUAGAACAGAGGGCUUCAUGUCAGUCCAAGCCUCUAAUGCAUGCUCCCAUGGCUGGAGAAGCAUCUUAGUUGGACGCGACCUUCUGCUAACCAACACUGGCAAGACUAUUGGCAACAGGAGAGACACAAGCAUCUGGAAUGACCCAUGGCUAUCUACAACAACUCUUGCCAAACCUAUGGGUCCGCCUGAGCAGACCACAAAGGACCUCAAAGUUGCAGAUCUUCUCUCACCAGCAACGGGCGAUUGGGAUAAGGACGUUAUCAACCGCAUUCUCCCUCAUGAAGCACCUACAAUACUAUGCCUUAAGCCUAGUAAAACAGGAGCUCAGGACAAACACUGCUGGAUCAAGACAAAAAAUGGAGAGUACUCCACCAAGACCGGUUACUACUCAGCGCUAGACAAACAAUGGGAGCAAGGACCAGCACCACCAAGCCGCCACCUCUGCAACUGGAAGAACGAUGUCUGGACGGUCCCCCUAUCCCCGAAACUACAAAUCUUCCUAUGGAAGAUAAUGAAUGGAGCCUUACCGCUCGGAGAAAACUUGGAGAAAAGAGGACUGAGAGAAAACAUAGCAUGUGUUCACUGUGGAGCUAGAGAAACGGCUUCACAUCUCUUCUUACAGUGCCCUUUUGCGAUUAAUGUGUGGAGUUCUGCUCCUAUACAUCAGGUGAUUUCAGUCGUCUCAGCACCAGACUUCCCGACUGCGCUCAAGUUAUCAAGGAAUCUACCCAACCUACCCCCCACCGGAAUGAGAAUUGGACCCCUGUUUCCUUGGAUUAUCUGGAGCAUCUGGACAGCACGGAACCUUAAAAUCUUUGAAAACAGAAGCUUCAGUCCGUCAGAGGCGCUCACAAAGGCCAUAGCAGAUGCCCGAGAAUGGCAAGACGCCCAACAGAUGAUACCCCCUACCUUGCCGCAGCUACAACAACCAUCGCGACAUCCAUCAAGCCUUAACACACGCUUUACCAUCUUCACUGAUGUAGCCUGGAGAAAAGAAUCUCUUACGGCUGGGCUAGCCUGGUCAUGCACAGAUAACCACGGGAAUAUUGUCUUCCAAGAAAGCACACCGGAGCCAUGGCUCGAAUCAGCGCAACUGGCGGAGGGAUUGGCCAUAAGGGAGGCACUGCUACAAGCGCAGGCUCUGGGCCUCAACAACAUCACCAUUAAGUCAGACGCUCAGAUCAUCAUCCGAGCUAUCAACAACCGAGAAUCAAUCAAGGAACUCUUUGGCACUCUUCAUGACAUCCAUAGUUUAUCUUGUGAUCUAGAUGUAGUAUCUUUUAAGUUUAUUCCAAGAACUGAAAACUCUACGGCUCUGGUGAACUACUCUUUGCUGUAA